AUGUCGAAAAUCCCAGUCUUCACCGCGGACGCCCCCGCACCCCCGCCCUUUCUCAACCAAGCUACCAUCGUUGGGAACAUCCUCUUCUGCUCUGGCCAGCUGGGCGUUGAUCCCAAGACAGGCAAGAUGGUUGAGGGGAGUGUUAAGGAUAGGGCUAGACAAGUCCUCUCCAACCUCUCCGCCGUGCUGAAAGCCGGUGGAUCGAGCCUCGCCGAUGUCGCGAAAGUGAACAUCUUCCUGGCUGACAUGAAGGAUUUCGCGGCCGUUAAUGAGGUCUAUGUUGAGGUGUUCCCGGAGCCGAGGCCUGCCCGAACGUGUGUGGCUGUCAAGACGUUGCCACAGGGGUCGGAUGUCGAAAUUGAGUGUUCGGCGCUUGUGACAAAUCCGGGCGCGGUUAAGGCGAAGCUGUAG